AUGCUGCUCCUGCUGUACCAUGAAGGUCCCUCUACUAGGGGCAUUUUCAGACGUUCUGCCAAUGCCAAGACCUGCAAGGAGCUGAAAGAGAAGCUGAACUCUGGAGAUGAUGUCCAGGUGGAUGGAGAGUCAGUCUUUGUGGCUGCAGCUGUCAUCACGGAUUUUCUUCGAAAUAUACCUGACAGUGUUCUAUCCUCAGACAUGCACGGACUGUGGAUGGAAGCUGUGGACACAGAAAAUCGGGCACAUAAGAUUGAAGCUAUCAAAAGUCUGGUCAGCCAGCUCCCGGAGGCCAACCUCAUCUUACUCAGACACCUCUUUGGAGUCCUCCAUCACAUUGAGCAGAAUUCCGGCGUGAAUCAAAUGAAUGCCUUUAACCUGGCUCUUUGCAUAGCACCCAAUAUGCUGUGGCUACCCAGUCCCACUGGGCCUGAAGAGGAGAGCAGGUCUACAAAGAAGGUGGCUUUGUUAGUGCAGUUCCUGAUUGAAAACUCAGGAGAGAUUUUUGGAGGUGACAUUGCUUCCUUGUUUCAAAGACCAGACAAGAAGAAGUCCAAAAACUCCAAGGAAUCUCUGGGCGUAGGCUUGGCUCAGCACGAUGAUUCCUCUGAUGAGCUGGAAUUUUCUGCUUGUGACCCAGAAGGACCAAAGCACCAGCUGGUACCUGAAAUAGAUGCCCUUUUUGAACCAUCCAGCAGCUUGUUGCUUGGUGAGGACCAGGAAGACUGGGACUUGUUCAGUGAGAUCACAGCCUGCUACCAAAGCAAAGCCCAGAAGAACGCCAGCGUGGACAGCUAUGACCUCCUGGAAGAGGAGGGCUCCUUCUGCUCCAUCGGCUCAAUACGCUCCCUCAGCCCGGCCAGGGACCGGUGCUCUUCAGAGCCCAGCGUCUGCCUCAGCUCCCAGCUCCCUGCUCAGAGCCACGAGCCGGUGGCUCGCCAGUCCAGCUGCGAUGCCACCAUCAUGCGCAGCCACACCGACUACAUCCACCGGCUCAAGCAGCUCCAGGUGGAGAGCCAGAAGCUGAUUGAUGAAGGCCUAAGUCCUGGGGUUAACAAGGCCAGGCAGAGCCUGUGGCAGUCACCUCAGACUGGCUCUAGGGUGAAGAAGCUCAGCCUUCAGAAAUCCAGCCUGUCCAACAGGUCCAGCUUCUCCAGCCUGUCCUCUACCACCACCUCCCUGUCUGCCUCCUCGCUCAGCUCCUUAGACAGUGCUUUCUCCUACUGCUCGGAGUCAUCGGCCAUUAGUCCCACAGAUGUGUCAUCCCUGCCAUUCAUGUUCGGCACGUCUGCCAGGCUUCAUGCUGUGUCCCCCAGGAUUGCCAAGAGGUCCCCCAAAGAGUGGCACAAGUCCUUCACAUCUCCGGUGCCUUUACAUCCGUGUGACCUGGACAGUUUCCAUGAGUGUGAGCCCAAGGCUGCAGAGAGCAGUCAUUGCUUUGGAGAGAGGAAAGGUUUUCCAUCUCUCAGUGGUGCUGCUGUGGGAAGCCCACAAGCUGGUCUUGACUGGGAAGAAUUGGAGAAACAGCCAAGUGAUGCAGGGGUCUCUGGUCUGGGGCUCAGGAGCUGGGAUUAUACCAAAGAGUUUAAUCAAAAUGCAGAGCCACCAGCUGCCAGCCUGGCCAGUGAGAAAUCCCCAAAGCUGAGCCACCAGCAGCACAGUGAGGAGGCAGUGAAGAACAUUGAAAUCAAAAGCGUUGAUGACUGCCCUCCAAGCCAGGAAAGCCUGAAGCGCACCAAGAUCACUUUUUAUGUGGCUCCAAAUAAAGAAGGCUCCUGUGGGUCUCCAGUGGAAGGGGAAGAGGAUGGAUGCAUGACAAACACCAGCAGCCCUGGCUCACCCAGCAGUGAGCAAAGCCUGUCCAAGAGCUUGCAGACUGUGGAAGUCCACAUCCCCCAGACUGUUUUCUAUGGGCAGAACACGCCCCUUGUCCUGCAGUCAGUCUCCAGGCGCUACCACCGUGAACGCAUGGUCCCAUCCCCACGAGCAGAGCCCAAAGAAAGCCCCCAGGGUGCCUCCACUCCUGAGGAGCUGGAGAGCAACCCAGUGGACGUGGCGCAGGCGCCAACCCAGAGUGGGGGCUUCAAAGCAUUCAGCCACACCAUCCGCAUCAUCCUCCCCGCCUCGAUCCGAAACACUGUCAGGGAGUAUUUCAAGCACGACGACACCGUGGCCUGUCCCGCGACUGAGGCAGAAGCGGUGGAGAACGAACUCCUCCAGAGCAGGGUGGAGUGGCUCAGGAGCCAGCCCCGAGCAGAGGUGGCCGCAGAGGAGCAUGACACGGUGGCCUUCGCAGAAGAGAUGUUUGUGUAG